AUGGCGCCGCAAAAACGGAAACCCGAGGACGACUUCAUCUACACUCUCUCCGACAACGAGGACGGCCCCGCGGUCCCGGAGGAAGAGCUGCAGGCCGCAGAACCCCCGAAGAAGAAGGCAAAAACAAGUAAAAAGGCCAAGCCGACCAAAAAGGACAAGAAGAAUGCGAAGCAGGUAGACGAGGAUGAGGACGAGGAGGGCGAAGCCCCGGAGGGUGUUUGGGGGCGCAACGACGAAGACGACGGCGCCAUGGACUCGGACUUUGAAUUUGUCGCGGAGGACGCCGGCCUCGGCGAGGACGAGGAGUUCGAGGGCUGGGGCUUCGAGGGUGCCAGGAAGGGCAUCUCGUCGAUCCGGAAAGGCGUCGAUAUUGACGACAUCAUUCGGCGCAGAAGAGAGAAGAAGAACGGCAAGGGCACCGGGCAAGACGCCGAGGAAGUGGCCGGUGAUGCCGACCCCAGCGAUGCCGAGGACUCCGAGGUCGAGAACGAUAUGGAAGUCGACCUAGACGACGAUGCCGACGAAGUUCUCGCCGACGACGCCUUUGGCAUGAAUGCCGCUUCCGAGGACGAGGCAUCGGAGAACGAAGGGUCAGAUGACGAGGACAAGGACGUCGGUGAUGAAGACGACGAGCCCGCCUCAGACAACGACUCUGUUGCCACACCCGUCGCCCACCCCGAAGACGAUGGGUCUGACGCCAGCGACCAGGAAGAUCCCGAGGAGCAAGCCAAGCGGGACGCCUUCUUUGCGCCCGAGGACAAGCAAAAGCCAGACAAGACCGAUGUAUCCUCCUUCAUGGCACUGUCCUUAUCCCGGCCCAUCCUGAAGGGUCUUUCGGCUGUCGGCUUCUCCAAGCCCACGCCCAUUCAGUCCAAGACGAUACCGAUCGCGCUGCUGGGCAAGGACCUCGUCGGUGGCGCCGUGACGGGUUCCGGCAAGACUGGCGCUUUCAUGAUCCCCAUCCUGGAGCGCCUUCUCUACCGCCCCAACAAGGUCGCGACGACUCGCGUCGUGGUCCUCACGCCUACUCGUGAAUUGGCUAUGCAGUGCCAUGCCGUGGCUACGAAGCUGGCGUCUCACACCGACAUCAAGUUCACCCUGGCCGUUGGUGGUCUCAGCCUCAAGGUUCAGGAGGCGGAGCUCCGGCGCCGACCCGACGUGGUCAUUGCCACCCCGGGUCGCUUCAUCGAUCACAUGCGCAACUCGGCCAGCUUCAGCGUCGACACGGUCGAGAUUUUGGUGCUCGACGAGGCCGAUCGCAUGCUCGAGGACGGGUUUGCGGACGAGCUGAACGAGAUCCUCACGACCCUGCCCAAGUCUCGACAGACCAUGCUCUUCUCCGCCACCAUGACGUCGACUGUCGACCGCCUCAUUCGACUAGGCAUGAAUAAGCCCGUGAGACUGAUGGUGGACGCGCAGAAGAAGACAGUGGGCACGUUGGUGCAGGAGUUUGUGCGCCUGCGUCCCGGUCGCGAGGAGAAGCGCAUGGGCUACCUCGUGCAUAUCUGCAAGACGCUGUAUACGGAGCGAGUCAUCAUCUUCUUCCGGCAAAAGAAGGAGGCGCACAGGGCGCGCAUCAUCUUUGGACUCUUGGACCUCUCCUGCGCCGAGUUGCACGGAAGCAUGAACCAGACACAGCGAAUCGAAAGCGUCGAGUCGUUCCGUGACGGCAAGGUGUCGUAUCUGCUGGCCACGGACCUGGCCUCACGUGGUCUCGACAUCAAGGGCGUCGACACAGUCAUCAACUACGAGGCGCCGCAAUCCCUGGAAAUCUACGUGCAUCGCGUCGGCCGCACGGCCCGCGCGGGGCGCAAGGGUGUGGCGGUUACGCUCACGGCCGAGGCGGACCGCAAGGUGGUCAAGUCGGCAGUCAAGGCGGGCAAGGCGCAGGGCGCCAAGAUUGCGAGCCGCGUGAUCUCGCCAGGCGACGCAGACAAGUGGCAAGGUCAGAUUGACGAGAUGGACGAGGAAAUCGAAGCCGUCAUGCAGGAGGAGAAGGAGGAGAAGCAGUUUGCUCAGGCGGAGAUGCAGGUGAAGAAGGGCGAGAACAUGAUUGAGCACGAGGCCGAGAUCAAGGGACGGCCCAAGCGCACGUGGUUCGAGACGCAGCACGACAAGAAGAAGGCCAAGGAGGCGGGGCGGGACGAGCUCAACGGCAUGCGCGAGACGAUGAAGAAGAAGGGCAGCGGGCGGCUGAGCAACAAGGACAGGAAGCGACUGGACGCAAAGGCGGACCGUACCGAGGAAAAGCUGUGGAAGAAGGGCAAGAACGCGGCGGCGGCGGCGGCGGCCGGGCCCAAGGGUAAAGGCGGCGGCAAGAAGGCGGGCAAGGCGGGCAAGCCGAAGGGCAAGGCGCGGCGGUGA